CUUGAUGAGCCGCAAUUAGGAAAGGCCAAGCUGCUGGGGGAAGGGAAGAGAGGGUUCUGGAUCCUCACCACAUCCUGUGUCUCUGCUCCCACUCCCUGCAGCGUCCCUCCUGGGCUACAGAGCUCUGGACGGGCUGAAGGACCAUGGCCCCGUCCCUGUCUGCCCUUCUCGGUCUCGGGCUGUGUCUGGGGCAGGUGGUGCAAACUCGGCAGGUCUCUCUGCCCAAGCCCUCCCUCCGUGCCCUGCCUAGCUCCCUAGUGCCGCUGGAGAAGCCGGUGACCAUCCAAUGCCAGGGGCCUCCGGGUGUGGACCUGUACCGCCUGGAGAAGCUGAGGUCCGGGAAGUAUAAGGAUGAGGCCGUCCUCUCCAUCCAGGCCAUGAAGCAAAGUUUCGCCGGGUGCUACCGCUGCUCCUACCAGAAAGGGACCCACUGGUCUCCCCCCAGCGACCGGCUGGAGCUGGUGGCUACCGGAGUUUACGCCAAGCCCUCGCUUUCAGCCCAGCCUGGCCCGGCCGUGUCCCCAGGAGGGGAUGUCACUCUACAGUGUCGCAGCCAAUACGGUUUUGACCAAUUUGCUUUAUACAAGGAGGGGGACACUGGCCCCUACAAGGGACCUGAGAGGUGGUACAGGGCCGAUUUCCCCAUCAUCACAGUGACUGCUGCCCACAGUGGGAUCUACCGAUGCUACAGCUUUUCCAGCCGACACCCAUACCUGUGGUCAGCCCCCAGCGACCCCCUGGAGCUUGUGGUCACAGGGACUUCUGCGACCCCCGGCUGGUUACCCACAGAACCACCUUCCUCUGUGACAGAAUUCCCAGAAGCCUCCAGGAAACUGAACGUCUCAUUUAUCAACAAAGGCUCCACAACUGUGCCUUCCAGGAAUAUCACCAUCUUUCCAAAGGGGUCAGACUCUCCAAUUGGUCUUGCCCAGCAGCACUACACCAAGGGCAAUCUGGUCCGGAUAUGCCUCGGGGCUGUGAUCCUAAUACUCUUGGUGGGGUUUCUGGCAGAAGACUGGCACAGCCGAAAGAAACCCCUGCUGCACUUGGUCAGAGCUGUCCACAGGCCACUCCCACCCCUUCCGCAAACCCAGAAGCCACACAGUUGGCAGGACAAGGGUCGACCAGAUGGCUAUACCCAUGGGUGCCACAACUAGAACCCCAAGGCUUGGCUAUAUCUGUGAGACAGGCAUUGUAAAGACCGUGUGUGGAACAUAAGAUCAAGAGGGUAGGGUCUGUGGAGAAGGAGGGCCAUGGGGCCCCUCCUUGGUGCCCCAUCAAAGAGCUGUUGAGCCAGUAUCUAUGGCUUUCUGACUCCCUUCACUAGGGAUUAGAGGUAUCUAGAGGAUGCUACCACCUCCUUGCUCUUAUCUGGCACAUUGUGGAUCUAAUGGGACCACCACACUGACCUUUUCCUUCAACCUUUUCUGAUACAUGUUCUGGAUUGACCUCCAAUGUCCUCAACACUCACAGCUGACCUUGUUCUAUCCUCUGCACAAAACCCUCCCACACUUCCCCGUUAGCCCCUGUGCCUUCUCCGCAUAUUCACGAAUAUAAACCUAUAGCUUAGAUGGUUAAUUCAGACUAGUACUCAUUUCCUGAGCCCAUCAGCCUAGCUUCUCUCCUAACCAGAAACAUCUGGUCACAUGUGUGAGCACUCAGGUCUUGCCCCAUCAUACCCAUGCCUUCCCGCCCUGAGAUGUCCUUCUCUUUGGUCCCAAAUGCCAUUUCCUUGGACCUGGUCUCUGGAUUCAUCAAUUUAUGGUCACAUCCUCCUCCUAUCUUGCUCCAUAGUUAAUAACCACACUCACAGAUGGGGCGCCUGGGUGGCUCAGUUGGUUAAGUGUCCAACUUGGGCUCAGGUCAUGAUCUCACAGCCCAUGGGUUUGAGCCCCACAAUAGGCUCUGU